AUGCACGGGACCAACUUUGAAGUAAGGGUCGGGCUGCAGCUGCGCGCCACGCUGGAGAACAUCACCCGCCUGCGGGCCGAGGGCGAGGAUUUCCGCUGGUACCUGAAGCUGAAAUGUGGGAACUGUGGUGAAGUUUCUGAAAAAUGGCAAUAUCUGCGAUUAAUGGACAGCGCUCCUUUGAAAGGAGGCAGGGGCAGUGCCACUAUGGUGCAGAAAUGCAAGCUGUGCUCCAGGGAGAACUCCAUUGAUAUUUUAAGCCAGACGAUCAAACCUUACAAUGCUGAAGACAGUGAGAAGUUCAAGACAAUAGUGGAGUUUGAAUGCCGAGGUCUGGAACCAGUCGACUUUCAACCGCAGGCAGGAUUUGCUGCUGAAGGUGCAGAGUCUGGCACACCUUUCAAUGACAUAAACUUGUUAGAAAAGGAUUGGAAUGACUAUGAUGAAAAAACAAAGGAAUCUGUUGGAAUCUAUGAAGUUACCCAUAAGUUUGUAAAAUGCUAAAGCUCACACCCUUAACAAACCUUCGCAUGCUCCUCUUCAAUGAAGAAACUGUAACAUUAGAGAAGCCCUUUCCUUGGAGUUACUUUUCACAUGGCUGUACUGCAGAAAUGGAAACCUAAGUAAGUUUUACUUACAGUCACCAGAACAUCUAAUAAAAUAUUUUCCACAGAACAAUUUGAGAUGACUUCAGUACAAACUGGAUAUCAGAUAUAUGCUUCACUGAACCGUGUCAGUUUCUUAAUGUUGUAUUUCUUGGGAAUAACAGAAAUAUAUAGGGACCUGAUGGAUUCUAGCUUAACUAGUAUAUCAGCGGUUACUAUUUAGACAGCUCAUUGCCAUAAAGUUUUAAGUAGUCUAUCGCAAGGAAGUACCCACAUUUGAUUCUGUAACGUAAGAUCUUGUUGCUCACCACUGCUAGCAUUGGGAAGUGCAUAUGAGUACAGUAAAAGGACUGUGCUAAUGGUUGAAGCCAAAAGGCAUGUUUUUAUAAUAGCUUUCUGCAAGUUCAAGUACAGACACUGAGGUCAGUUUACUAAGAACAGUUAACAAGUUUGACUCCUAUUGACAUUUAUAUAAAACUUGAUUUUCAGAAGAUGUAACACGCCUCUUUCUGAAUAUGUCAUUAGGUAAACCUAAUUUUUAACCUUUCAUUUCUAGCUGUAGACAGACUUUCUAUUUAAUGGCAAGUGCUUUCACAAUCUUGCCAGUUGUUCUCAUGUUUAAAGAAAAAAGUAGUCCUUACUGAACUUACUUCAAAGGUUUUAGGCGGAUGAAGGAAGUAGUAGAAUGCAAGGACAGUCAUGGUAAGUUUAAAACAUUUUUUUUAAAUGAUCCUUUUCAGUUAAGCUAGAAUAGCAUAUCACAGGGUGCAGAGGAACUUUACACUAGGAAAACUUUACAAGCCUCUGGCUUAAGUAUUUAAAGCAUGCCCCUUUCCUUCCUAGCAUUUGCAGUGCAUACUUCAAGAUAUGGUACUGCUUAUGCUUACUCUGAUAAAGAAAAAGCCACUGGGAGAAUCUGGAAGCUGACAUAUCCAAAGGAGGAGUAAAGGCAAGUAAAUUUCUGGGCCUUUGAACCUCAUUAGUCACAUUGUACCCCCGUGCUUGGACUUAAUAUUCUGCUAAUACAUUUGGCUGUCUAGGACACAGUGGACUGUACUGAAAGACAAGAACUGCAUUAAUUUUACACUACUUAAACCUAUUUAAAACACUGGGUGCAGAAGCAAGCACUGCUGCGCUAUUCAGCUAGAGAGAGAUUCAUCUUCCCAGAAGAAAAACAAAGUGGAAGUCAUGAAGGUUCAAAAGGCAAAGGCGUUCAGCUUGUACAUACCAUAACAAAUUUGUGCAAAAGGCAGCUUCCCACAUUAAGGGCAUUUACGCUGGAGUCCCAGCUCUUUUGAGCAGCUUAGCUUUUGACUGGCAAAGGUCCCCUCCUCUGUUGCUGCUAGCCCUCUUUGUAGCUGGCAGAUCCUCAGCUGUGAACAGCACACCAGGAAUAUGUCUGCAUCAGUUUCAUCUCAGUCUCAGCAUCGCUAAGUCUUACUGGUGUCUAGGCUCGAGCUCUCCUUCAGGGAGUUCUGCUAAGCCUUAGUCUUUGGAACUUCUGCAGCAAGCCCCAAAGCAUUAACGAUGCAUCUCUGAGCACUAGAACUCUGGCGUUUGCUACAAUAAAUGAUAUCAAUACUCAGAUUACAAGAGAAGUCAAGUUCAAGAGCAAGGAGAAAAUAGAGGAAAAUGCUUCUGCUGAGGUUGCAUUUCCACAGUAGGAGAAAGUUUGAGGGGAAAAAAAAAAAGCCGAAGCUCAGUGAUUUUGUUUGUUUAAGGUACAAGAGCACAGGUUUCAGUAGCAAAACAAAACCAGCAGAUUAUUGGACAGACUUCACAUAUGCAAGGGGACAGUGAACAUUGCAGCAUGCUUUCAAUAAAGUUCUUUUCAACCCUUAUACACCCCGUAUAACAAACAUAAGCUAUUGAUAGAAGAAUUACCCAUACUGCCUACUUUGAUAGCAAUAAAAUAACUUUGUGUUUAUUAAUAGCUUUAUUACAACACAGUCUUUUCCAGAUGAUUUAACAACAUAAUUGUUGGCUUCAGGUCACUUAAAGCCUCCCACUUCAAUUUUUGUUUCUCAAAAAGUUUCUACAUCAGAAAGGCUUCAAGCAGUUGAGGCACAAUGAGUCUGACACUGAUUCAAGUUUAGAGAAAAAAGUAAGUGUUACAAGUUAGUAAGCAACUUACUGCAAAAGUGCAAAUGUUACCAUUCCUCUUUCAUGUUUUAACAGCUGCAUAUAUUGUUUUAAAACCAAACCAUUUAAGAGUGGUUUUACAGUGCUGUUGUCUGCCUGAAACUCAUGAAGCAUAGAUGUUCAAGUUCUUAAACAUCAUAAUUAUUGCUUUUUACUUUAAAGAAUGUAUUUGAAGAACA